AUGGAGCCUUGUCCAGAAGUUUACCAAAACAAUGAAGAACCUGACGACUCUGUUGUUCGUCAGUUGGUACUAGACUACCUCAUACAUAAUUGUUAUGGCGAAACCGCCAAAGUUUUUUUUAAAGAUGCUUUGAAUGUAGGUGAACCUAGCAUUGAACUUAGCUCAAACGGAUCUCAGAAUGGCUCAGCAAGUGGCACCGUUCGUAACGAUAAUAAUUCACUCGUCUCUAUUGAUGCUAUUGAAGUAGACGAAGAUGGGGAUUGCGAAAUGGUUGAUUCAAAUAAAGAGGAAUAUAUGGAUAUUGAUUCCGCCAAUGAAUCAAUAUAUAAAGAAGUUAAGGCUUCGAAUCUCCUUGAAGUAUUGAAGAAGAAUCAAACGAAUAAUGGAAAUGGCGAGAGCUUUAAUUCUGAAUUUGCUCUAAAAAGUUUAGAAACAAGAAAAACUGGUAGUAUUAAUGAAGCCUUAGCAUUAUGUCGAGAUAAAUUUCCCCAUGUUGUGUCUUCAGAUGAACAAGACAUUAGAACUUCCCCGCGUUCAAUUGAUAUAUGUUUCAAGCUUCAAUGUCAACAGUUUAUCGAGACAGUUCGUGCUGGGAAUCCGAUCGAAGCUUUAUUAUUCGCUCAAUCAGUAUUAACAAGUUUUCCCAUAAAGAAGGGAGCUAAUGCGGAAAAGUUUAACGCAGAACUUAGUUCCGUGAGUGCAUUAAUCGCAUAUGAAAAUCCAGAAAAGUCACCAGUAGGGUCAUUAUUGGCUCAAGAACAUCGAGAUAAGUUGGCAAAUGAAAUUAAUAGUGCCAUUCUAUCCUUUGAUUAUCAUGCGGGCGAAUCGGCACUUGAAAGGAUUGUGAAGCAAGCGACAUUGGUGCGAGAACAUUUGCAUAACGUAAUGUCUAGAGGACAAAAAAAUAGCAAGGUGUACGCGAAAUGGCAACUUUCUACGUUUAUUCAAGAGGGCAGUUGA